UGAUGGGAACAGAAUGUUUACCAUUUAACUCUAGGGUAAUAGACCGAACUACUCAGCGUAAUUUGCAUUUAAACGUAACCUCACAUGUCUGAAAAGUUGAGAUUUCAUAGAUUGAAGAAGACAGCCUCUUUUCUUUGUGUCUUCCUUGUGCAGAGACGCUACUUUAGCCAGGCUCUUUGUCUCGAAAUGGUUUGUUUUUGUUGAACAGAGGCUUCUCGUGGCUUAGGGGAGCUCUUCUCCAGCCUGUUGUACGAGUGCUAGUGUGAAAUAUCGUCAUACGAACAUUAUACGAAGUGACAUACGAACAUUAGUUAAAAGCAUCAGAUAGGUCCGUAGUAGAAGAGGUUACGAAUUUGAUUAAGAGUUCGGAAAGGAGAUGGGCAAUUGUCUUAAAUCUCCUACGUCGGAUGAUAUUUCCUUGCUUCAUGAAUCUCAAUCAGACAGAGCUAGUUUUGGAGACGGAAUAGAUCCAGACCAGGAGCCACCACCGCCAUACCAGGAGCAGAUCCAUGUCCCUGUGUACCAUCCUACGCCCAGCCAGGCACGCCUGGCCACCCAGCUGACUGAGGAGGAACAGGUUCGCAUCGCCCAGAGGAUCGGACUCAUCCAGCACCUCCCCAAGGGCGUGUAUGACGCCGGCCAUGACUGCUCUGAGAAGAAGAUCAGAGAGUGCGUGAUUUGCAUGAUGGACUUUGUGUACGGGGACCCGAUCCGGUUCCUGCCCUGCAUGCACAUCUAUCACAUGGACUGUAUAGACGACUGGCUCAUGAGGUCAUUUACCUGUCCCUCCUGCAUGGAGCCUGUGGAUGCUGCUCUGCUCUCCUCCUACGAGACCAACUAAACCUCCAUCAACUGCG